AUGCAUGAGUUACUGGAAUUCAUUAUGAUUGGAACAUCAAGUUUUACAGGGGAAAAUACAGUAGUUCUCCUGGUCCACCACCAAUUACACAGGUACAUUUUUCCAGCCCCAGAGGCUGCAGAUGCAAGUGGUUUCAUUACAGGAAGUACUUCGAGCAGUGUCUUGGAUUGGAUACCCCAAAAAGAUCCACAAGUUCAGAUCUUGAACUUUUUGGAUUCAAACGGUCUUCUUCCUCAAAGAGAUCAAUGCCAAUCUGUUGCAGAAAAUCUGUUACCACCGCAGCCAAUGACUCUCCUUGACGGGGAAGAAACAAUAAAUGUUGGCGAUCAGCUGAGCCCCACCAGAAGUGGUUUAGAGAACGACAACAGUAUUCAACUUCCUGAGUUCGGACUAGUUAUUGAUGUCAACUUGUACCCUUGGAUUGAACUUUACCCUGCAGGGAAUGAACAUUUUCCGGACCGGCAGCCAGGGGCAGGAAGAGCACUCCUCGAACUAUAUUUGUCUCAGUUUACACAAUCCAAUGUGUCGACAAGGAAUCCGUAG